ACUACAGUAAUGGUCGUUCGAUAAUGUUGUUUAGCGUACUUGUCUUGUGUUUUUUAUUUUCUCUGUACUUUAUUUUGUUAAAAGUUAUUUACUACAGAUAUUCACAGACUUCAUGGAGUAAACAUUUCCUUGAAUUAAACAUAAGAAAAUGUGGACGGUCUCGUAUCUGUCAAAAUACAGCUAGAAAUGAUAUGUAUCCAUGGCAAUCUGAACACAAGAACACUAGUAAUGAAGUCCGAGCCCUCCUAGUCACUGCACAUCCAGAUGAUGAGUGCAUGUUCUUUGCACCUACAAUUUUACGGCUCUUGCAAUUAAAUGCAUCAGUGCAUUUAUUGUGUUUGUCUUCAGGCAAUUACUACAAACAAGGAGCGCAUCGGCAAAGGGAGCUUCGUGACAGCUGUGCUGUGUUGGGGAUCCCAGCUUCUCAAGUCACCAUCAUAGACUGCAAGGAACUUCCAGAUGAUCCCAACGUAGAGUGGAACAUCCACGUCAUCUCCUCCCUUGUCCUGAAGCAGAUUCAAGCCAGCUCUAUUAACAUGGUCCUGACCUUUGAUGGCAGGGGAGUUAGUGGCCACGGGAACCACAUCGCCAUUUACCGGUCCCUCAGCUAUCUGGCCUCCACUGGAGAAAUACCUGACGGCUGCUGCGUCCUCUCGCUGCAGACCGUGAACGUGAUCAGGAAGUACCUCUCCGUCCUGGAGCUUCCAAUCAGCUGGCUCUGCGGGUCAGACGUCUCCUUCCUCAUUGGGUCGGAGGGGUACAGGCAAGCGAAGAGGGCCAUGUUUUGUCACCGCAGCCAGCUCCUGUGGUUUCGCCACCUCUACAUGCUGCUUUCCCGCUACGUGCUCAUCAACACAUUCCAAGUGAUCUCUCGGGAAGAGAAGGACUGGGAAAUGUAUUAGCUUCUCAUUUGUGUCACAAGUCUACUGUUCACUGCUAAGCUACUGUUACUUUGGGGUUCUUCGAGUGAUUCAUCUGUGGGCUCUGAAUCUGAGCUGUCACAGCACUAUUUUAUGUGUAAUGGGAAAAAAGCACUGACCGUGAAUGUAUGUCGACACAUGCUGCUUCGAUUUUUACAUUUUCUAAAUACUUUUGAGGCCUUCAAUAAAAAUUUCACACAAUC